AUGUCUGCUCCUCCAGGGCCUCUGAAGAAGAUAAGGGUAACGGUUGUUGCCGCAGACGGACUUUCCAAACGAGAUGUCUUCCGCCUCCCAGACCCCUUUGCCGUUAUUACUGUUGAUGCUGAACAGACACACACAACGAGUGUGAUGAAGAAGACACUGAAUCCGUAUUGGAAUGAGAGUUUUGAUAUCACGGUCAAGGACUCGUCCGUCGUCGCAGUCCAGAUAUUCGACCAGCGGAAAUUCAAGAGAAGAGAUCAGGGCUUUUUGGGUGUGGUUAAUGUACGAGUCAGUGACGUUCUUGAUCUUGAGCUGGGCGGUCAUGAAAUGCUCACGCUGGACUUGAAAAAAUCCAAUGACAAUCUGGUCGUUCAUGGCAAACUGAUUAUCUACCUGUCGACGAAUAUCAACCAGCCGAUCAGCAACCCUGGGCCUUCUCAAGUGUCGGGCCUGAGUAGCGCUUUUGCAGACAUGGGUCUGAACAAUUCUCCGUCCGCGAGUACAUCAAACUUGGCGCUACCAGGGCCUUCGGGUUCUCUUUCCCGUGCCUCGAGUUCCCACGCCACAGGGGCAGAUACCAACAGCCCUGCACCCGUUUCGAUGCCCACUCCUUCUCCAGCACCUUCUCCGGACGCUGAGCAGCAACAGCCAUCUGCUCAAUCCCCUACGUCUUCUUCUCGCCCUACAAGCUCUAUUAGCCCCGGUUCUUCUCCAGCCACCGCUACGGCUUCCUCUAAUACCAACACCGCCCAGACGCCUGCGUCUGGGGGUGGCUCGACAGCAAACAGCCAGAUGCGGAACUUCAAUCCUAAUGUUGAUCAAUAUGGUCCUUUGCCGCCUGGUUGGGAACGUCGUAUCGAUCCGUUAGGCCGCACAUACUACGUCGAUCAUAACACUCGCACUACCACCUGGAAUAGGCCCUCUGCAAGUGCAGCUGUCAAUAGUAAUACGCAGGAGGGUGAAACUAAUGCCGCCCGUGAUCAGCAUUCACGUCGGAUCCUUGCUGAUGACCUCCUUGAAGCCAACAACAGUAGUUCGAGUGUUUUCCGCAACACUAGUGCUACAGCCACUCCUGCUGGUGCCCAGAAUGCGCCCGCAGCCAUGGCUGCCGCAAACAACACCACCACGCCGGGCUCAGGUCAACUCCCCAAUGGUUGGGAGGAACGGUUCACACUGGAGGGUCGGCCUUAUUAUGUCGAUCACAAUACUCGAACCACAACCUGGGUCGAUCCUCGUCGACAGGCAAUCAUCCGAGUGAUGGGCCCCAAUGGUCAGGGGCCGGCUCUACAGCCCCAAGCUAUUUCACAGCUUGGCCCUCUUCCCUCUGGGUGGGAAAUGCGUCUGACUUCCACCGCCCGUGUGUAUUUCGUCGACCAUAACACCAAGACCACGACAUGGGACGAUCCACGUUUGCCAUCCACUCUUGACGCUAACGUUCCGCAAUACAAACGCGACUUUAGGAGGAAGCUUAUCUACUUCCGCAGUCAGCCUGCCAUGCGUGCUCAACCGGGCAAUUGCCAGAUCAAGAUUAGGAGAAACCACAUUUUCGAAGACAGUUAUGCUGAGAUCAUGAGGCAGACUCCCAACGACCUGAAGAAACGACUCAUGAUCAAAUUUGACGGCGAAGAUGGUCUUGAUUAUGGUGGUCUCUCAAGAGAAUUCUUUUUCUUGCUGUCACACGAAAUGUUCAACCCAUUCUAUUGUCUAUUUGAAUACUCCGCGCACGAUAACUAUACCCUCCAAAUUAAUCCAGCUUCUGGGGUCAACCCGGAACACUUGAACUAUUUCAAGUUUAUCGGACGAUGUUUAGGUCUCGGUAUCUUCCAUCGGAGGUUCCUGGAUGCCUACUUCAUUGUCAGUUUCUAUAAGAUGAUUCUGAAGAAGAAGGUGACUUUGUCCGACUUGGAAAGUGUGGAUGCGGAACUUCACCGCGGCAUGACGUGGAUGCUGGAAAACGAUAUCACUGAUGUUAUUGACGAAACGUUCACCACCACUGAGGAACGCUUCGGUGAAAUGGUCACUAUCGAGCUGAAACCUGGUGGUGCAGAUGUUCCAGUCACUCAAGACAACAAGAAGGAAUACGUUGAGCAUGUCGUCGAGUAUCGUAUCUCCAAGCGAGUCAAGGAGCAGUUCGAAGCAUUUAUGUCCGGAUUCAGCGAACUGAUCCCCCAAGAUCUUAUCACCGUGUUCGACGAACGGGAACUAGAACUUCUUAUUGGCGGAAUGUCAGAAAUUGACGUGGACGAUUGGACCAAGUUCACCGACUACCGCGGCUAUGAGAUGAAUGACGAAGUUAUACAAUGGUUCUGGAAAUGCGUCCGUAGCUGGCCACCUGAACGCAAGUCGCGCCUGUUACAGUUCGCUACUGGGACAUCGCGUAUACCCGUCAAUGGUUUCAAAGAUCUGCAGGGGUCUGAUGGACCAAGGCGUUUCACAAUCGAAAAGUCGGGCGAUCCUUCACAGCUUCCUAAGAGCCAUACAUGUUUCAACCGUAUAGAUCUUCCUCCAUAUAAAGACUAUGCAAGUUUAGAGCAGAAGCUCACUUUAGCAGUAGAGGAAACCGUUGGAUUUGGACAAGAGUAA